GUUUUUUCACGGGUGAUGGUGUGGGAUUCUGAGUUGAUGCGCCGUGUGGUGGAAACUGAUAGGACUACAACUGAGGACUAUGGUGAAUUUGGUGUUGUUGAUGCUGCUUAUGGGAAUGCGCACCCGAGGCUUCCUCGGGAUGGUAGGGGAAGUUGCAACCGAGGUUGUGAACCUGAUUGCCCCGGAGUUGCAGAAAUUGGUUUGCUAUAUGAUAAUGGGGCUGAAGGAUGCCAUGAAUUGGGAGGAAAAAUCACACCUUCCCCCUGAUGAACAGCAUAAUACUACCAAAUUGUUUGGGUUUGACAGCUAUGAAGACAUGCGUAACCACCCAUUCCAAAACAAGGCUGAGCCAUCCCAUUCCAAUAGGUCAACACCUAUUAAGAAGCCGGAGGUAGCCCCUGCUGAAAGGUCACAACCAUUUGAGAAGACGGAGGUAGACCCUGCUGAAAAAAGGUCACAACUGUUUGAGAAGCCGGAGGAAAUACCUGUUGAAAAGGCACAAGCUUUUGAGAAGCCUGAGGUGGCCGGAGUUAGCCCGAAGUCACCUCCGAAACAAAAGUCGCUUGAGGAUAGGUUACUUUCUUUAGAAAGUACAAUCAAUGUGGGUGGUGUUCAAGUCCCUAUUAGGUUAGCUGUAAGCUCUAUAGCGAAAGAAGUGGCGGAUGACACCAGGCAGGAGGAAUUGGAGUGUAGAUCUCCAAGGGCCUCAGUUGGUGUUACUGUAGAAUAUCGGAAGUUGUCAGCAUUUCAGAAAAAUGUGAUUCACUUCAUUAGGAGAUGGGGUGAAAACAAGCGGAAAGGAGUUUGUCCUGUGCCUAUAGUUAUUAGGUGUGAUGGAUAUGAAGCAUCACAGAAGGAUUGCUAUGAAGUCCUUCACAUGAAUGGUAGAGUAUCAACCGGAUAUGUGGGUUUGGCUGCUGUUCUAUACAAUAAGAAAUGGGCAUUGAAAUACAAAGGGUUGACUAAGAGAGUUAUGUUUGAUCAUUUUUUCGCAGCUCAAGUGAAGGCUAGGAAGCAUGGUUUGGAUUUGCUUGGAAACAGAUGGUCAAAGCCUUUAAGUGCAACCAAGACAAACGAUGUUUGUGUGGUGUUUGUUCCAGUGUUGGAGAAAGAGCACUGGUGGUGUAUUUCCUUUGCCCUCCAGCAUAAAACAAUUUGGGUGAUUGACUCCCUCUUCAUGAAUGCAUUGGUCCAGCAUCAGACUACAAUCAGGGAAUUGAUACAAGCUGUUGAUGUGAUGUUACAUUGUGUGGAUCCUUCCUGGUUGAUUAAUGACAUGCCAUUGUGGGAAUUAAAGCAAUUGGAAAUCCCCCAACAAACAGAUACCAAGGUGUGUGGAGUCUUGAUGUUGCGCUAUGUGAAGCUGUGUUGUGAACGCUUUGCAGCUAAAACUAGAACGGUUUCCAUUCCCAAAGCUAGGCUCAAGCUACUUGUCGAGGAUGUAUUCUCGGAAGAAAAUGAAUUACGAUUAAAUCUCCAAUCCAUUAUUGCCAGCCCCAGCCAAAACUGAUCCCAUUACAAUCGGAGCAACAAUAUUGAACUUUUGUUGGACGCUUUCCUGAAUUUAUAUUUCUUUAUAAUAGCAAUUGAAAUUGUAAUUGUAUUAACAUGUAUUCGUACUGCUUCGUGUUUCCCUAUUCCUGGUAUUAAUUUUAAGAUGUAGGGUACUAACCGUUACUACUCCCUCUAAACAACGAAGGUCAUCUAUUUCGGUUUGAAGUGAAGGAGAUAUAUUUUGGCCCUGCGAGGCAUAACUCUAUCUCAAGGAAACUACUACUAUGUUGUGUCUGAAACUUUUUUAUUUCUAGAAUUAAUCUAGUUGCUAUAUGUUAUGACCAAAUACCUCCCAAUCGAAUAAAUCUAGUUGCCGU